ACCAGUGCAGUCAACAAAAGGAAGGUCUGUGUUUUGGCCAAAUUUACAAUACGAUGUACACAUUGAUGCACGGCUUCUACAAGUAUAUGACACAGAAGGACGACUACUGCGUGGUGAUCCUGGGCCUAGACAAUGCUGGCAAAACCACUUACCUGGAGGCCGCCAAGACCACGUUUACCAGAAACUAUAAGGGUCUAAAUCCAAGCAAGAUCACGACGACAGUGGGCCUCAACAUCGGCACCAUCGAUGUACAGGGCGUGCGCCUCAAUUUCUGGGAUCUCGGUGGGCAACAGGAGCUGCAGUCGCUAUGGGACAAGUACUACCAGGAGUCGCACGGCGUCAUCUACGUUAUUGACUCAAACGAUCGCGAGCGAAUGGACGAGUCCAAGAUGAUCUUUGACAAGAUGAUCAAGAACGAGCUGCUUUCUGGAGUGCCUUUGCUUAUUUUGGCAAACAAGCAAGAUCUACCAGAUGUGAUGGGCGUGCGGGAGAUCAAGCCCGUAUUCCAGCAAGCAGGCACCUUGAUUGGCCGCCGAGAUUGCCUCACCAUUCCCGUAUCCGCCCUACACGGCGAGGGCGUCGACGAAGGCAUUAAGUGGCUGGUAGAGGCCAUCAAACGACAUGCGGUGGUCAGGCCGCCGCGGGAAAACGAUUAGAGCAUUUGGAAAAGACACGGGGCCAUCAGCCCACCAAUGGCUUUAAUUAGACUCGUAUUUUUAUAACUUUAGGGCUUAGGACUACGCUUAUUUGUAAUUAGCUGAGAGAGAUAGUGAGAUACCAAUUGUACAUUGUUGUAAAUGCGGUAGGCGCCCGCUUUAUCUAACAGCAGCCUUGCAACGGCCUUAACUAGAUUUGUUUUCCGUAGACUUAUCUUUCUUAUUGGCCCAAAGCAAGUUGUAUAUGUAAAAACGAAUCUUAAACCUAUUUUGGGCUUCACAGAAAGAUUUUAGUGCAGGACAACAAAUUACAAUUAUAAUUCGGAAUGACGGAAGAUGCACCGUUUGUUAACAUGAGCAAGGAUUUAAUUUAUAAAAAUAUGCGUGGCAGAAAAUAAAAUGUGGAAUUUUGUAAAUAGAUUUUACUUCGUAUAUUUAAAGCAUUUGAGUAAUAAAAAAUACCUUAAAACGAGACACUGAUGAUAAAAAAAAUAUGGUUUUAGAAACUCGUGUAUUUAAAAUGUAGUUAUUUGUUAAGUACCUCAUAUAUUUUAGUAUGCCCUAGAAAAUUAAAGAAAUGCUUUGAUAAACUCA